AUGAAAGUAAACGACGGAUCUAUUAUUGAUGAGAUUGACGUACACAGAGAUGUCCCGGAAAGUAUCAGCAAGCCAACACCACUCGAGUUAUGGUGCGCGAAUCUCGAGCCGCACGAAACCAAUGCGCUAGGGUUGUCAGAACCUGUAGAUUAUACUGCCGAAAUCGAAUCUCCCUUGGCCAAAGAUAGUCUUUUUGCCGAAUUAGAAGGUCUAGACUCAAAUGUGGUUUCAAGUAGCACCGAAUCAGAAGUCAACAACAUUUCAACAUCCGAAUCAUUCUUCAACUACCCAAUGCCAUUAAAACAUUCAUCCAUAAAGUCUACUUCAAAUAGCUCCGGAUCAAAGGCAAACAAUACUUCGUCAUUUGAAUCAUUCUUCAGCGACCCAGCGCCAUAUUUCGAAGACAUUUCUUCUCUUGAGAAUCGACUUUUCAACCUCGAAGACUCCAUUUUCAAGAACAUCAGGUGGGAUGAUGGGCAAUGCGUGCUCCCUUUACCAGCAUUUGAAUUUGACACGACACCGUUCGAUUCAUAUCAACAGCCCCCCUUAUUAUCACCCCUAAUGCCACUGACAGAUAAAGAGGAGAGUGUCCGUAUUACAACUGAGGCUAGUCUGAAAACUCUAUCGGCGAUACGCGGUGGGAUAAAAUUACUACAUGAUGAAGGAUUUUGCAGCCACCAAGGAUAUAAUAUCAUCGUUGUUGACCCCGGUCGCCCGAGUGUCCUCAAUGUUAGACCGAUAAGUGUGCCACGCCUUACCAUGCUGAAUGAGCUCCUUCGUGAAGGAGCUUCGAAUCCACUCCAAUGGGACCCCAUUCUGGAUGAUAUUGCGAAAGUUUUAUCACGUAUUGUUACAAGCCUUAGUUUAGAUAUGCUUGUAACAGCUGAUGGGGAGCAAAGAGAAAAAUGGCAAGGCAUUUGCCAAUCUUUAAGUGCCGUUCUAGCUGUACCACAUAUUGCAUUGAUGUCUUUCAUCAGAUCACAUAUUGACAUCUCUGGAGCCAUGCCCAACGGAGCACUGAGCGAUGGAUUGCAGAUCGAGGCCCCCGGAGGUAAGAUUUGCCUAGCUGCUAGACGUUUACAGUGCUUGCAUGGCUUCUUAAAGCAACCAAUUUGGGCUUUCAACUUUAUACCAAAGGAUUCUCACCUCCAGGGGGUUGACUACGACGGGUUUUACAUAUCUUCAUCUAUAGAUGAUCUUGCAGAAUUAUGGGGCCCCUUCACACUUAGUUAUGCAGAAACUUUGUGGGCAAGAACCGUAGGCUCUAUCGAAACCCGUGGGGGCAGACUUAUGGCUGUGCAUUCGAGUAAUUGCCAAGUUAAAGCAUUGGAUGACGAAGCCCUUUGUCAUUGGUUUGGCUGGUUAGACGUUGCUGAGAACGAGCUUCGCAACCAAAUUUUACCAAUAGAUACUACAAAACGUCUGUUGAUUGGAAUGCCCGGCUCGCGCCACUCGGACUACCGUAGUCAAGAAAGUCAAAGGCGCCGCAUACGGCCAAAGCUUGAGGAAUUGGCUGAUGCCUCAGGUGGUAAGUAUCUCACAGUCACUGUCGGAUUUACAUACAAGUUUGAUGCGGGUUGGACAUUGAAAGACGCCAUAUUAGAAAGUUGGACUGAUGCUGCAAGAGACGAUCUGACACACAUUCCAUGUCCACAUUACAUGGACUACCGUGUUGUCCUAGAGAUAAGUCGUUGCUCCGGACAUGCUCGGAGAAUUAGCAUAUGGAAAUUACUUCAAUGCUCACUUUUGCGCGAUUACUUUCGUCAAAAUUUGGAAGUUGGCGUUUGUCAAGGGAUUGAAGCGGCCCUUCAACAAUAUUCUUCAAUUGGCUGUUUUGCUCUAAUAUGGCCUGAAUUGGACACACACAGGAGAAAUAUCUUGACAUUGGCUUUCAAGUUUGUUUUAAGAACAUUGAAAUGCACUGGUGUAGGAGAGGAUGGGUUGCUGCAAGUGUGGGAUAUUACCUCAAUUCCACGUAUAGAUGGUAGGAGGAUUGAUCCCCAGUGGGCUCCGUUACUAAAAGACGAUAUUGGUUGUGCAACCUUUGCAGUUAUAACCGGAGCUUGCAGAAAAUACAAGCCACCAAUUCGAGCGUACGAAAAAGCCCCAAUAGGUCUGCCAAUCCUCUGCACGCAGGUGCGUAUCACAGCCAACCAAAAGCUAACUCAGAUGAAUACCACCAUGAAGGAAUGCAAACCAUCGCAGCAAUCGAACGAAUUCAAUUCGCGUAGCUUUUCGUCUAAAUGGAGUGUGCCUAGAUCAAAUUCAAAUGAUAUCAGGCUUGCGAGGUUCUCAUUUACGGUUCAAUCUAAUUCGGGAGAUGAAUCGCUCGAUUGUGUAGGAAAUCUCAUGAAUGCUAGACAAAUAAUAUCUGGUGGCGUCAAGACUAAUGAAUCCACCGAUCAAUCGGUCCCUCUCGAGCCAAUCCAGCCCAAAAGAUUUCCUGCUAGAGAUGGCACAAAUGUGUGCGAUGAUACGCGAUCAAAAGACUCAAGCCAGACCGACCAAUCGAGAACUCAACGACAAAAAAUACCAGAGAAAGUGACGUGUGAUUCCAGCCUUCCAUUCAAAAAUGGUAAAGGUCAAAAACUGGGGAAAUUAGUACUAGAACCGCUUGAAGGACCAUCAGAAUCCAUUGAUCUAACCUCUCUCCCUGAUACAAGCGGUCUACCGGCUAGAUGGCAACCAAGUAGAUCGAAUUGGUUUGAUACUAUACAUCAAAAAGGGGAGCAAAUGGAUGAAAACUUCAGCAGUUGGGUAAAUAAAUCGAGUGGCUUGAUUCCUCGUCUGUUACGUCGCAUGGCGCCAAGAGAAGACACAAGUCCAGCUGUUGUGACUGAAUAUAUACGGAUGGGGGAUUUGACAGCCUAUCAAAAGGUGCUUGACUUAUAUAUCCGCUAA